AUGAUUGGCAGGUUAUUGGGGUUUAGGAUAAAUGCCACAGCACUGUUGGUGGUUUUGUUACUAUCAACCUUCUUCAUCACGUUGGUAACGUACCGUAGUCUUCCUCCAGAUCCACUUGAAGGAGAACCGCAACCUUCUGUGAGUAGGAGAAGGGACAAGGGUUUGGAAUAUACAACUCAUCUUCCGCCAACCUUGUCUAUUAGGCCGUUCUCGUACAACGUAACGAAGGUUCCUGCAAGCUUCUGGAUGGUUAAGCCACCCGAUGAUUAUCGGCAAAUGACAUGCUCUCAGCUGUACAACCGGCACGUUUUUGAAUACGACGAAGUGAAUAGCCAGAGCCCUCAUCACUUUUUCCACACUCAGAUCACGUACCAUGAAAUGUUUCGGGACCCUCAUCCGGCAUGUGGGCGUUAUAUGCUUUCCCAUUGGUUCAACGAGGAACACAAAUAUCUCUUCGUGUUGCGUGCCUCGCUACCAUUAGCAAGUGACAUACUGGAGGUAACUGCAGGCGGAUGGAGUCAAAGUGUUGAAGUGGAACAAUGUGGUACAUGUCUGGAGUCGAAAGAAAAUAAAGCCUGCAUUGAUGACGUUGAAUUCAUUGCACGUCUUUUUAACGAGAACCGCGUGCUUGCUGCCCAGGUAAUACGGCCCACUCCCCGAUUGGACGCGAGCAAGGCGGGUAGCUUUGUAUCGCGGAUUGUCCGUUUCCGAGUCCCCGACCCGGGCAAUUAUACUUUGGAGGUGAAGAUGGUACACCUCAACAGUAACACAGGUGUGCCUUGGGGGUCUCGUACACUUGGUGUCGUUAGCGGGUGGGGAAAUGACACAACCCGUAGUGUGUUUACGUAUAAUAGCAUCUGUGACGUGCAGCGGCAUGUAUACGGAAGUCCAUUACGCAUUCGGGUAGUGCCUGCGCCCCGACCGGCAACGGCUGCUCUUCCGCCUCUCUGCAAUGCAUCUACGAAUUACAACACCUCUGAAGGUGGUCAGUGGGUGCGUUUCCUUGAUGGGGCGGAUUCCAGUACACCACUGGGGUCCCCGCACCCGCUUGCAGCUCAGUGCACGAAGGGUGAUCGCUAUUGCUAUGGUGAUCCUAGCAUGCUUACGGACCCUAGGGGAUUAAACAGUCAUCUUGUUUGGGUUCCAACUACCUGCCGGUUGCGCAUUGUUUCGGGUGAGGGGAGGGAUCCUUUCCCUAUGAUUUGCAGGCGGAUGUCGAUGUUUAGCGGGAAACCGACCGUAGUGUUGUUUGCGGGCGGUGCCAUUGUGAACGAAUAUUACAAAAACUGCCAGUCACUGGAGAAAAAAGUGGGCAAUUCUGUCAUACAUUGUUUAUAUAGAAAAAUAAACUAUAACCUUACUGAGCGUCGUGCGAGUUCGCCUAGGAAGGCGCUAGUCGAACUCCUUGACAACAUUCAGGAACCGGUGAAUGUGUUUGUCACGAACCUGGGCAUGGAGGAUCUGCUCGAGGCUUGGGAGACGAAAGAUUGGGUGGAGGUGAUGCGAGCAUUCGCUGAGGAAUGGAGGCAGCAGAAGGUAACACUGUUGCGCGGCCCCUACACGAGGUGGCCCCCGUUCGGCGCGGAGCCGACAGUUGCGGCCCCCGGAGAAACCGAUUGGCAACAAUAUAUGUGGGAUCAGAAUUACCGAAGCAAGGCGAUGGAGGAUUCCCGCUCAACGAAAUGUGCCUUCCCGUGUGUAGAGUGGGCCAUAUGGUUGUCUCCACCGACUGUACACUACACGGUAACGGGAGCGACACAGAAUCGGUCCAUGGAUUGGGAUCGAAUGGCCUACAAGGUGUUAAAGAAGAUUGGGUUUACUCGUCUGGAUGCAAUGACGCCUACUCACUCAAGGCAGGAGGGUUCGUGGGAUGGCCUGCGCUACAUGGCUCUGUCCGCAUACGAGCCAUUAUCCUCGCCGGAGCCACGUAGGCAAGUACAGGAGGACAGUGGUGGUGUUUCUUACAUGCUUUUUGUCAUCCUGCUGAACGUCGUUUGCUUUUCAUAG